GGGAAUAAGGAACUACAACACCCAAGAUGCACCUGGCUAUGUACCGGUCAUGAGUUUCUCACGAGCCAAGAUUGAUUGAGUCGUGUGGGUCAGCGCUCACGGGUCAGAGUGGACGAGUGAACAGAACCGGUCCAGUGACAAGCAGCCCGCCCAGCGCGCAGGCUCGCACAAGAUGGCAGUGCCCCCCCGGAAAGCCCUGACUGGCCUGGUGGCUGCCACCUUCACCCCCAUGACUGCCAAGGGGGAUGUGAACCUCUCUGUGAUUGGUCCGUAUGUCGACUACCUUGUGUUGAAGCAAGGCAUUCACAAUAUAUUUGUGAAUGGCACCACUGGCGAGGGCAUGUCGCUCAGCGUGGACGAGAGGAAGGCGCUGGCAGAGGAGUGGUGCCGACAGGGCAAGGGCAAGGUGGAUCAUGUGAUUGUUCAUGUGGGAUGUUUGAGUUUGAGAGAGUCCCAGGAGCUGGCGAGGCAUGCAGCUGGGAUCGGGGCUGACGGGAUAGCAGUGAUAUCUCCCUCCUUCUUCAAACCUCCCAGUACAGGCGCUCUGCUCCAGUUUCUACAGGAAGUGGCUUCAGCAGCACCACACGUGCCGUUCUACUACUACCACCUGCCCGAUGUCACGGGAGUGAAGAUCUGUGCCCAGGCUGUCCUGCAGGGGGCUCAGGAGCUCAUCCCCUCCUUCCAGGGACUCAAGUUCAGCAGCAGAGACCUGCUGGACUUUGGCCAGUGUGUCCACAGCAGUCCCCGGUCAUGGCAAAUGCUCUACGGGGUGGAUGAGCAAUUGCUGUCAGCGUUGGUUCUGGGAGCACAUGGUGCUGUUGGCAGCACCUACAAUUACAUGGGCAGCGUGGUUAAUGGCAUGCUGGCUGCUUUUGAGAAGGGAGAUGUCGCCCAGGCCAGGAAGAUCCAGUUCCAAACGCAGGAAGUCUUGAGCUUUGCCUUCCAGCUUGGGUUUGACUUGGCUGUGAAUAAGCAGUUGAUGCUGGUGCUGUCGGGUUUGCCCCUCGGGCCCCCGCGGCUCCCCCUGCUCCAGGGCUCCCAGGAGCGCGCUGAGCAGAUCCGGGACAAGCUGGAGAGAACCCUGGGGCUCCUGACCCCAAACUGCUGUGCAAUGGGAGUCUGAUUGCUAUCGCUGCAGUGUCCCCAUCUGAAGCACACCUCGGUUAUCCACUGUACAGCAAUACAUUGCAGCAGGGAGCUUUGCAAACGUGACCGGGAGAGACGGGGGAGGAGCCAUGAGCUCGAGGAAUUCCAUUCUAAUGAUGUCACCAGACAAGUGUCAUUCAAAUCAAUAAGGAAAACUGUCAUAUUGCAUUACUGAAGAAAUUUUAAAUCUAUAUAAAUGGUUUAAUAUACAAGUCUGGACCAAAUCUGGCUUUUCCAGUUAAUUGAAAAUGCUUCUCGAUUUGAAUACAAAAGGUGCAAAUACUGACUGAUUUCAAGGAGCUGCUGAGCUCUCUGCUUCACUGUGCUGGUCUGCAUGUGGAUGGGCUGCUCCUCACAACACAAUAUGACUGACAAUCCACAGGAGCAAAGGGCUGCUUUAAAUCUUUUGUAUUCUCUGUACUAAUGUUGGUUAUCCUGCCUUGCAGGGCUGUGUGUGGCUGUUUCACCCAGCCUGUCUAUUACAUUGAGAUGCUGUAGAGAAUGAUUCUUACAUUAUACUGAGCCUGUCUUUAUUUACUAAUGUAGCCGUCUUUAUUUACUAAUGUAGCCUCUGUUUUUUUUUUUAAAUAAAAUGUUCUGAUUAA